GCUCUGGAUACUUUUACGCGCGCCAAGACGCACGGCUGAAGGCGCAAGAGCGAACGGAGGAAAUAUUAUAAGAACUUUUAGAUAUUUUGUGGAUUACACGCGACUUUUGGAGACUUUUCUGAAAAUGGAUUUGUACUUUUUGAUUUCCGCGGUGUUGGGGAUGUUCUCUGUCGUGUUGAGCGCAGGUCUGGCAGCACCCACGGAGCACCCGCGCGACCUCUCCCCCACCCACAGCAGCGGCGGCGGGCGCGUACGGACCAAGCGCUGCUCGUGCGCCACGUUCCUGGACAAAGAGUGCGUGUACUUCUGCCACCUGGACAUCAUCUGGGUCAACACGCCCGAGAGGGUGGUGUCGUACGGUUUGGGGAACGCUCCCAGGAGGAGGCGCUCUGUCCCGGGGUCGAGGAGCACCGAGAGCACCCGCUGCGUGUGUCUCCAGAGGGACGACCGGACCUGUGACCACUUCUGCCAACCCCGAACACAAGAGCACAGGGAGAAGUCUGAAAACAUGUCGUCUGUCCACAGCCCGGAGUGUUCCAGCAGCCGCUGUCAACAGCCUCCACCCCUCACGUCUGCGCAGAGUAAAGUCAAGUGCCUGGCCAGUAGCCGGCACACAGUGAUUCUGUCCCCGAAGCUGAGAGCCGUGGUCCAGACGCGAACCAUUCUGGAGAAGUGGAGGAUGAGGAGAAAAGAGAGGAGCAGACCCCAACAGCUCAACCUGCUAAAAACAUGAACCAUCUCCACUUUUCCAUGUGUCUUUGAAACAUCUGGAAGAGUUCAAACCUGACGGGACCUUCUCUGGCUCUGGGUCCACCAACGAGAAGAUACAAGGAGGAACUGUGCUUUGAAUACGGGUUUUUAUGUUGGACUGAGGCUGGGGACAAUGAGAAACUUGGAGGCCACAGAUGGACUACACGCUUAAAGCUCCACCGUGGAACUUUUUAGCCAAAAUUAUCUCUGUCCACGUUCUAAAAUUUGACGAGAUUCACUGUCUUUGAAAGAAACCUCCAAACUUCUGAUCCACAAAUUGCGCUUGCAUCUCCACAAACCUACCCCCACCUGCUUG